AUGAGGAGGCUGUCAAUCACUGCUCCGUCACUGCAGUCACUGCACCGUCACCGCUCCGUCACUGCACCGUCACUGCACCGUCACUGCACCGUCACCGCUCCGUCACCGCACCGUCACUGCACAGUCACUGCACCGUCACUGCACAGUCACUGCACCGUCACUGCACAGUCACUGCACCGUCACUGCACCGUCACUGCACAGUCACUGCGCAGUCACUGCACCGUCACUGCACAGUCUCUGCAGUCACUGCACCGUCACUGCGCAGUCACUGCACCGUCACUGCGCAGUCACUGCACCGUCACUGCACCGUCACUGCACAGUCACUGCACCGUCACUGCACCGUCACUGCACAGUCUCUGCAGUCACUGCGCAGUCACUGCACCGUCACUGCUCCGUCACUGCACAGUCACUGCAGUCACUGCACCGUCACCGCUCCGUCACUGCACCGUCACUGCACAGUCACUGCACAGUCACUGCAGUCACUGCGCAGUCACUGCACCGUCACUGCACCGUCACUGCACAGUCACUGCACCGUCACCGCUCCGUCACGCACCGUCACUGCACGUCAUGCAGCACUGCACAGUCACUGCACAGUCACUGCAGUCACUGCACUCACUGCACAGUCCUCUGCAGUCACUGCACCGUCACUGCGCACAGUCACUGCACCGUCACUGCGCAGUCACACUGCGCAGUGACGCAGUCACUGCACGUGACUGCAGUCACUGCGCAGUCACUGCACCGUCACUGCACCGUCACUCGUCACUGCACAGUCACUGCACAGUCACUGCACCGUCACCGCUCCGUCACUGCACCGUCACUGCACAGUCACUGCACAGUCACUGCAGUCACUGCACAGUCACUGCACCGUCACCGCUCCGUCACUGCGCAGUCACUGCACCGUCACUGCACCGUCACUGCGCAGUCUCUGCACCGUCACUGCACAGUCACUGCUCCGUCACUGCGCAGUCACUGCACCGUCACUGCACCGUCACUGCGCAGUCUCUGCAGUCACUGCGCAGUCACUGCACCGUCACUGCUCCGUCACUGCACAGUCACUGCAGUCACUGCACAGUCACUGCACCGUCACUGCACAGUCACUGCACAGUCACUGCACCGUCACCGCUCCGUCACUGCACAGUCACUGCACCGUCAACAAGCACAGAUACAUACUUCCUUCAGUAA